CUGAUUUCUCUCCUCCAUUACUCCGAUUCUUCCCUGAUUCCUUUUCCACUCCGACCUCCCUCUCUGCUUCUCCUCUAUUUCUCUUUCCCAUCAUACUCCUCCGAUCACACAGUCAGCAACCCUUUUCGUCACCGUUCGAGGCUUCUGACUUUUUUUUUUUGGUCAUUAAAGAGAAGUUAAUAGUAAAUUGGAAAGCAAUUUUAAAUUUUAAAAUCCCAGGUCUGAACAGGGUUUUGGUGUUUGUGUUACUGUUUACACCCCCACUGAAUCUUCUUUGAAGGUCCCCGGAAUUCAGGAUUCUUCUCCUAAACCGAUUCUGUUUUUCCGAAAGGAGCCUUUAUUUUCAGAAAGAAGCAAUCAGCGGGUGAUUAUUAUGUUUUCUGGAAUUUUGAGACCUUGAAAGAUGAUAUUUUGUCUGGUGAUGAAGAGGAAGUGACCAAUUUUAGAAGAGCAAUAAACAGUUAGUUCGUCGAGGUGCGUUUUACGCUUUACGGUAAUAAGUAGUACAGUAAUUGAUUAAAAAAGGUCCAAAGUCUAACGCCGUUUGGUCCAUCAUCUUAUAGUCAAACGUUGUUUGUCUGGACACGCAUGUAGAUGAUCAUAGAUAUUCGUAAACUUUUAGUACUGUACACGGUCCUUUGUCAUGUAUAUAUAUAUAUAUAUAUAUCCUGGUAUCAUCCCCACAGUAAGAAAGGAUGCACCCUCACGAAUCAAUCUCCCACAAAAUUAGAGUUAAAAAUUGGUUAAUGGAUUUUUUGCCCGUUUGACAGUGUACUUUUCGGUGGCACAGAUCUUGAGAGAACAGAGGGGAGGUUUUCAGUCCUUUUUAGGCCGUUGGAUCUUUGUGUGGGUUGAAGUGAGUGAAAUAACAAAAAUUUUUCCUUUUUCCUACAGUUAGAAAUGAUGAAAUCAUGAGGCCCCCACGUGAUUUCUUGCAGUAGGGUAAUAGUGACGUGUGAGAAAUGUAGGGGAUUGUUUUGACACGUUCGUACGACCAUUUGCUUAGUAGGAUUUUUCAUUUCUUUCUUCUUUCUUUGUGUAUGUCUUCUUCUUUUUCUUUUGGACCCAAUAAUAUUCUGGAAAGGGUGGAAUUAUUGUGGGAAUGUGGAUCCAAUGUCAUCAAACAUGUCAUGAGGGCAAAUAAAUUUAUAUACAUAGUGCCCAAAUUUUUUCGCUUCCAACUACUUUAUAUCAAUCUGUGGUGCAUUCAUCCAGUUUGGUGUGUGGCAGCUUUGUAAUGUAAUGUAAUAAUGAAAUGAAGAAAGUUUUCUUCUGAUGUUUUUAGUUUUUAGUUUUUACCCUACCCCAUGAGAUCUUUUGUGAAGUGAAAACUUUCUUUUUCAUCCCCUUUUUACUUGCUAUUAGUAAAAAGAAUGGAAUGAAUGGCUUUCAUUCCUUUUUGCAUUUGCAAUCCAGAGAUUUUGGUUUUGGAAGUCUUCUCUUUGUUUGUGUAUUAUUAAUGCAAGUUUGAUGCUUAUUUGAUUCUUCAAUUUGUUUGUUUUUGGGGUGUUUGGUGGGGAUGAAGGGGAGGAUGGGGGUAUUAUUGUUUGGUGUGGUCGGUUGGAGAAGGGAAGAGUCUCCUCUAUUAUGUCUUGUUAUGGCAAGAUUAUAGCUGGCUCAAAUAGAGAAAAACUAAAUCCAUCUGGAUUUGUUGAGUUGGUAGAGGUCUGAACAUAGUAGCAAAUGACCCUUGAAGAUUAAUUAUUCAUUUGGUCAAAACUGAUUGUGGAAUAGAAUAUAUAGUACUACAAUUUAUGCUGACAAGUUCUUGUGUUUUUUAAAAGUAAUUUCCUACUUUGGGCAGAGUUGGACAAUCUCUAAGUUCUACGUAAUUUUGAUUAAGAAAUGUACCAAUGAUCUGCAGUUUUCUACAGUUUUUUAAUGCACUAAUUAUUCUCCGCCUUCUCUUAAGUGUGUUUAUUGGUUGGUUUAGUGUACUCUAACCUUGGCAUCUCUGCAGACCCCCGGCCCUAAUCAAUUGUUUACGGCCACGAAUUGAAAGUUGAAACUUUGGACCGUUGCAUUCUUCAUUUAGUCCUGUUUUUUGAUAUUUUAAAUGCUUUCUUGUAGCUUCACUCGUUUGCUUUCUGUUCAUCCCCUUUUAUUUUACCCCACUUUAGAUCCCACUUUUUUAUUAUUCUGCCUAAAAGGAAGAAAAUCUGAAGCACAUCUCAGGGCAAAAAACAAAAAGAAAUUCCCCUUAUGCUUUUAAAGGUCUCGAUCCAAGUGCUAAAGCAAGUGGCUUCCAUCCUUUGUUGAAACUAGCCAUCAUUGUUAUUCUACUUACUGGUCAUCCGGACCAUCAUAAUAUUCCUGUGUCUUUCUUUAUUCUCUAUGAUUCUUAUUUUAUUGCAGUUUUCUGAACUCAUAAGUGUUCACAGUUCGGCUCAAUAAUUGUCAUUGCUAUUUGCAGCUUGUUUUGAUCACAUGGAAUCAGUUGACCGGCCUGCGGCUGUAGGCAACAAGAGCAAGGGUAGAUUGGCACGCACUUUUGCUAAGGUGCUGCAUAUUCGAGCUGUUACUGGAAUAGCUCCCGACAAUGGAAUGCAUAAGGUUAAGUCAUCUCACGCUGAAGAUAUGAAGGCUAAUCUGGCCAAGAAUACCACUUUGCGAAGGUUCGAUGAUGAGGAUGAGAAGAUGCAAAGCAGAGCAGCUACAGAGGCAUUUUUAGCCAAGCUUUUCGCCAGCAUAUCAUCUAUUAAAUCUGCAUAUGCCCAAUUGCAGCUAGCACAGUCUCCUUAUGAUCCCGAUGGGAUUCAGUUGGCUGAUGGAAUGGUCGUUUCUGAAUUGAAGAAUGUUUCAGAACUCAAGCAAUGUUUUAUGAAGAAGCAAAUUGAUGAUUCUUCACCAGAAAACACUCUGCUUCUUGCGGAGAUUCAGGAACAGAAGAGCUUGUUGAAAACAUAUGAGAUAAUGGGGAAGAAGUUGGAUUCUCAGCUUAAACUUAAGGGCUCUGAGAUUACAUUUCUCAGAGAAAAAUUGGAGGAAGCCAAUAAAGAGAACAAGUUGUUAGAGAAGAGAAUGAACUCUAGUGGGCAAAUGCCUUCGGCUCUCGACGAUGUUCACUUAUCAAGCUUGAGCCCAAGCCAUUUCGUUACUUUCCUCAGGCAAACAAUGAAAGCUAUUCGAACCUUUGUUAGGAUGCUCAUCAGCGAGCUGGAAUCUGCUGAGUGGGAUCUGGAUGCUGCUGCAAGUUCUGUACAACCUGAUGUUGUCUUCUGGAAAGCUAAUCAUAAGUGUUAUGCAUUCGAGUCCUUUGUUUGCCGGGAAAUGUUUGAUGGUUUCAAUCACCCGGAUUAUUCAAUGUCGAAGGAAUCUUGGCAGGAUACCAAGAAACGACAGAGAGUAUUCUUUGACAGAUUCAGAGAAUUGAAGUUUGUGAAACCAAUGGAUUACUUAGCUUGGAAGCCUAAAUCCUCAUUCGCGAGAUUCUGCCGGGAUAAAUACUUGAGCCUUGUCCAUCCAAAAAUGGAAUCAUCCAUCUUUGGCAAUCUGGAUCAGAGAAACAUGGUAAAUGCAGGGGAGUUCCCUGAAACCACAUUCUUCGUUACAUUUGGCGAGAUGGCAAAACGAGUGUGGCUACUGCAUUGCCUGGCCUUCUCGUUCAACCCCGAAGCCUCAAUCUUCCAAGUGGAGAAGGGGAACAGAUUCACCGAAGUAUACAUGGAAAGCGUCAGCGAUGAGGCAUUUCAGUCAUCAGAUGGCUCGCCGGGAUCAGAACCCCGGGUGGCAUUUACUGUGUUUCCAGGGUUCAGGAUAGGUAAAACUGCUAUUCAAUGCCAGGUUUAUCUGUGUUGAUGAUGAUAAAUGAUAUAAUCCUCAUUGACUAGCAACCUUUCUUCUUUUUCUUUUUUUUUUUGGUGGGAUCCCAUGGCAACUUUGAUGAACUGAUCUGGAGCCCGCCCCACCGACUUUUGGCAUAUUUUAUAAUCUGCGGUGUUAAAUCUUGAAAAAAGAAAAGGGAGAUUAGGAUUGAGGGCUCUUUGUCCUGUAGACGAUGGGGAUUUCUUUUUUGUAAUGCGAAAAUAGAUGGGUGAAUCGUUUUCUGGGUAUAAGAUCAUAAGAUCAUAAAUAUAUAUGCUUCAUGUCCCCAAAUAUUCCUUAGAUUUUUGUUAAUAUUAGGCCAAGUUGAGUGGCUGAUGGAACUGAAUAGAGAUAGAUGUAACAUUGUAUAUUGUAGUUUUGUCUUUGUUGUGCAUUUUCUUUGUUCGUAGAAAAUAACAAUGAAACAGAAGAUAUAUACAAUAGAACGUCGGUAAAUUAAUAAUUUAUAAAUUAAU